GUUGAGCGCCUGGAAAACAGCACGCGACACAAAUGGGUGUCGACUACAUAGCUCGAAAGAGCGCCAAGAAGCGAAAGAAGAAGGAGCGCCAGGCGGUGGGCAAGGAUGGCGUUGCCAUACGGGAGCGUCGCCGUAAGAAGAUUCGACGGCUUUGUCAGGGCGUGUGCUACAAGACGCCGGAGCUGACGGAAGAAGACAAAAAGGGAGGCUGGUCGGACGGCGAGGGCAACGGGGCCCCCGACUACGACAGUGACAUUGAGGAGGCCGCCGCCGCCGCCCGCGCCGCCUCCAACAAGGCCGCCAGCACCAGCGCCGCCGCCGCCGCGGCCGCCGACGCCAAGCUCCAAAAGCAGAGCGCCAAGAAGGCCAAGAAAGAAAAGAAGCAGCAGAGCCAGGCUGCUGACAAGAAACGCAAAGCCGCUGAUGACGGCAACGCCGCCGACGGCGAAGCCGCUGCCGACGGCGGCGGCAAGCUCUCCACCUCCAUCAAACUAUUGGACCCUGCAACGCUGGCCACAAACGCUGCUAACGCGGCGCUUAAGAAGCUACAGCUCACGCCGGAGGCGGCGGCGGCGGCGGAGGCGGCGCUGGGUGGCUACCCGGCGCUGCUGCGCGGCGUGAUGCUGGCGGAGCGGCACGUGGAGCCCACGCCGGUGCAGGAGGCGGCGUGGCCGGCGGCGCUGGCGGGGCGGGACGUGUGCGGCGUGGCGGAGCCGGGCAGUGGCAAGACGCUGGCGUACCUGCUGCCGGGGCUGGUGCGGCUGCAGGCCGAGGGCCACAGCGCUGCCAGCUCGCCGGCCGGCCCCGUCAUGCUGGUGCUGCUGCCCACGCGCGAGCUGGCGCAGCAGGUGGCCGGCCAGUGCCGCCGCACGCGCGCUGUCACCGGCCUGCGCACCGUGUGCGUGUUCGGCGGCGCGCCCAAGGACGAGCAGGCGGCGCUGCUGGCGGGCGGAGCCCCUCCCGCCGCCGCUGGCGCCCCCGCUGACGAGGCCGCUGCUGCGGAGGCCGGCGCCGGCGCUGGCGGCAAGCGGCCGCACGUGCUGGUGGCCACGCCGGGGCGGCUGUUGGACCUGGCGGACAGCGGGCACCUGGUGCUGGGCCACGUGCGCUACGUGGUGCUGGACGAGGCGGACAAGAUGCUGGGGCUGGGCUUCAAGCCGCAGCUGGACCGCCUGUACGACAUGCUGCAGCUGGGCGGUACGGCGGCGCCGGCGGCGGCGGCGGCUGGAUCCGGUGCGGCGGCGGCGGCGGCGGCUGGGUCCGGUGCGGCGGCGGCGGCGGCGGUCGGAGCAGUGGAGGGGAAGAAGAAGGGGGCGGCAGCUAAGAAGCAUAAGCAGCAGCAGGCGGAGGCGGCGGAGGCGGAGCCGGCGGUUAGGCCACAGCGGCCGCAGGUGCUGUUGUUCAGCGCGACUAUGCCGGCGGAGGUGGAGGCGGCGGCGGCGCAGUGGCUUCGGAAGCCGGAGCGGGUUGCGGUCAGUGCCGGCGGCGCCAACGCCAUCAGCCGCACCGUCACGCAGGUUGUGCACGUGUGCGCGGAGCACAAGAAGCCCGAGAAACUCCUCAAGCACCUGGGCCGCAUCCGGGCCCAGUACCAGCAGCAGCAGGCGGCGGGCGCGGGCGGCCGCAACCCGCCGCGCGUGCUGGUGUUUGCCAACCGCGUCAAGGCCGUGCGCUUCCUGGCCGCGGCACUGGCGCGUGAGGGCUACAAGGUGGCGCAGCUGCACGGCCAGAGGUCGCAGGGCGAGCGCAACCAGGCGGUGUCUGAGUUCCGCGCCGGCAAGGCGCAGGUGCUGGUAGCCACCGACGUGGCGGCGCGCGGGCUGGACAUCCGCGCGCUGCCCUACGUGGUCAACUACGACUUCCCCGCGCGCAUCGAGACCUACGUGCACCGCGUGGGCCGCACCGGGCGGCUGGCGGCGUGCGGGCACGCCUACAGCUUCUUCACACGCAACCUGGCCCCGCUGGCGCCGCCGCUGCUGGAGCUGCUGCAGGCGCACGGGCAGGACGUGGACCCCAACCUCUCCGCCCUCGCCAACGCCUGGCGCAUCGCGGAGAAGAAGCUGGGCGCGGCGGGCGCCGCCGCCGCGGCGGCGGCCGCCCUGCGCCGCGGCGACGGCUCCGGAGCCGCCGCCGGCGCGGGCAGCGAGGACCCGGACAGCGGAGCGGGCGCGGCCUCGGAGGAGGGCGGUGAGGAGGCCGAUGACGACGAGGGGGAUGCGGUGGCGGGGGGCGAUGAUGAGGGCAAGCUGAGUAUGGCGGAGCUGGCGCUGGGCGCCGCGGAGGACCUGAUGGAGGGGCUGGGGUCGCGCGACGCACGCGCCAUUGCUGAUAUCCUCAGAAAGAAGAUGGCCAAGCAGCAACAGCAGCAGCAGGGCGGGAGUAAGAAGCCGGCGGCAGGGGAGGCCGAAGAGCAGCAGGAGCAGCGGCCGGCGAAGAAGGCGCGGCCCGGGGACACGCAGCUGGUGCCCACGACGGCGGCGCAGCGCGCCGCCGCGGACGCGGCGGAGCCGGGCGCGGGCCGCAAGGCGCCGUACAUGGCUGCCAAGUCCUUUGCCGGCGCGCGGCCCGGCUACUGCUUCAAGAAGGGGCCGCUGGGGUUGGGCUAUUACGCCGAUGAGCCGCUUCAUCUGGUGAAGCAGCGGAAGCUCGCGGCGGCAAAGGCGGCCAAGGCGGCGGCGGGCAAGGUGGUGGUGGUCACCAAGCCCGCCACAGCCGCGGCCGCCGGCAAGGCAGGGGUGGCGGCUGCGGUGGCUGGAGGCAAGGCCGCGGCGGCAGACAAGGCGGCGGGGGGUGCAGCUGCUGCGGGCAAGAAGGCUGCUGGCGGCAAAGCGGAGUCGGUGUGGGGCUUGCCGCAGCGGAACAAGCCCAUCAUCCCCGUCCGGCACGAGGACUUCCUGUCGGACUCGGAUCAGGCCGCCUCUGACGGCGCCGACAGCGAUGACGACGACGACGAGGAGGAUGGCGGCGUCGCGCCGGCCGCCAAGAAGCAGCCGCCGGCUAAGAAGCGCUUCCAGCCGGAUCCGGAUUCGGAUGAUGAGCUCUUUGGAUCCGGUGGGCGCGGCGGCGGCGGCGGCGGCAGCGGCUCGGAUGACGAUGACGACGACAGUGACGAUGAGGAGGGCGGGCGGGGUGCGGCGAAGAAGAAGCACAAGGCGCUGCCGGGGCGGCUGCGGAAGAAGCUAGCCAAGGCGAAGGCCAAGAGUGGCGGCGGGGGCGGCGGCGGAGGCCGAGGCCGAGGCCGCGGCGGCAGUGAUGGCGGUGGAAGGGGCGGCGGAGGCAGGGGGCGCGGCGGGCGGGGUAGCAGCGCAGCCGGGCGCAGCGGGAGAGGCGGUGGCGAGGGCGGGAGAGGAGGCCGCGGCGGCGGGCGCGGUGGUGGCAGGUCGUGAGGCCAUGUAGAGUGAUGACUGAAACCGUGCAUAGUGCUUAUUACUGUCUUGAUGCAUAUGACUUUGACGAUGAUUUUACUGAGUAAGCAGCAACUGGGUUUGCAACUUGCUGUACAUUUAUGUUUGUUGACGGUGCACUGCAACUAUGGUUGUGCAAGUAGACGCAGGUUUGGAUACGCAGGUUGGACGUUUGUUCAGUUGAAGGCGGUACGUGACAGUUGGAACGCCUUCUGUAUUUGGCAAUCGACGAAGCAGUCAUACACGCGUGUGCUCUGCCUGUUUGGGGCCGAGCUUAGAGCCAUGGGGCCCCUGAUAACGUUUGGGUGGGCGCUGGGCCUGCCAAGAGCGCGAGCAACGCACCACACCUGGCGCUGCUCCUGCGCGGCCUCUGCCUGUCGCUUGGCCCCGCCACCCUGUCACCUCCCGCACCAACCGAAUCUCUGACGGGCGGUACAGGCUGCCGUGUCACGGUGUAGCUCUGCUGUGAGUAGGUGGCCUUCUCCUUGUCAAACAGCGCCUUGCCCUCCAGUAAUCGC